AUGCGACGCCUGCAUCCGGAUAUCGAUGUGGACACAUGCCACGGUGCAUUCUUGUUCCAUAAAGAAAUCUCCGAAGCCUUGCCCAUCCUCAGCUCUUACGACCUGGUCAUUGUGGACGAGUUGUCGAUGCUCACCAGCGAGCACUUCGAUCGUCUGGACACUAUGUGGCGUGCAGCGGAUCGCUUGCCCUGCAUGGUUUUCCUUGGUGAUUUGCCCGGGCCGCAGCAGCCGCCGAGCAAAGUGUCAGACAGCCAGGCAUGGAACGGUGUCAAGCAGAUAAUGUUCAACACUAUGCACCGCUGCGAAGAUGCGCGCCUGGCCAAGAAGCUUGCAGCUCUGCGAACCGCUGUUCCUAGCAAGCGUCUGUUGAAACAGAUUGCCAACCGAGCCCAUCGCGCUUGGACCGACGCCGAGCCCACUGCUUACGACGUCCUCGAGGUGUUUCGAAGGACAGACUACGCAACAUCCAUGGUCACGUGCACCAGGAAGGGCGCGCAGACGCUGAACGAUCUUGCGGUGGAUGUGCUGUUCAGGCACCGGCACCAGACGCCCCUAGGAGAGCUGCCCUUCGAUUGGGAAAUGGACCCAGGCAACUACACGCAAGAUGGCACUUUGUGCUCUGAUGCUCCGCCAAAAUCCAUGCCCACCAGGGUGUACAAGGACAUGCGUGUGUUCCUUACCAAGAACUUGAACAAGAGACAAGACUUUGUGAAUGGCAUGGGUUGCAAGGUACUCGACUAUCACGAGCGUAGUGGUUGUCUAACCGUGCUCACCGACACUGGCAAGCGGCUUGCCGUGAGCGCUGUUCGUGAGCGCGUUGGCACUCACGACGUGGACUACUUCCCGCUCCGCCUGGGGUACGCUUCGACCGUGCAAAAGGUACAAGGGCAAACGCUGAAGCAUAUUACGCUUUGGCUUGACCGGCCCUGCUGCCGGGCUGCGGGGUAUGUGGCGCUGAGUCGGGUGCGACAUGACGAGGACUAUCUUAUCGCUGGCAAAAUCCGCCCGCACCAUUUCACACCUGCGAUGUGA